GAGUAUAUAGUUUUUCCUUCAGUCGGAUCGUUCAGUAUACUACCAAUCGGGUCCCGCGUAUAAUGAAGUUCUUCGUAUGAUCAUCUCGGAAAUGCGGGCGAAAACAUGUGCUUUAUAAAUUAGAAGUUUUAAAAUUAAAAAAUUUCGCGAACCGGGUCUUUAAUUAUUAAAUAUGAAAGAAUAAGAUUAAAACAAUUAAAGUUCUUUUUCAUCAUGGAUUUAUCAAUACAAAGUUGUUAUCGAAGAUUUCUCUUUUUAGCGAUUCUUUGCGAAUUUUUCCUUCUCUCAAAAGUUUCUUCCGAUCCGGGAUAUAAGGCUGAAAAGCAACGAUAUGAUGGUUGGUUUAAUAAUGUUGCACAUCCUAAUUGGGGUUCAACAAAUAGUCAUCUUAUUCGUAAAGCAUCAUCGGCUUAUUCUGAUGGAGUUUAUAUGAUGGCUGGUCAAGAUCGACCGAGUACAAGAAAACUAAGUCGGUUAUUUAUGCGUGGUGCGGACGGUUUAGCAUCUUUAAACAAUAAAACCGCCCUUUUAGCGUUUUUCGGUCAAUUGGUCACGUCGGAAAUUGUUAUGGCCAGUGAAAGCGGUUGCCCAAUCGAGAUGCACAACAUCGAAGUGGAAAAAUGCGAUCAUAUGUACGAUAAACAAUGCGAUGGAAACAAACAUAUCCCUUUUCAUCGUGCCGCUUAUGAUAGAAAAACUGGGCAAAGUCCAAAUAGUCCAAGGGAGCAAUUGAAUCAAGUUACAAGUUGGAUAGAUGGUAGUUUCAUAUAUAGUACAAGUGAACCUUGGGUAAAUACGAUGAGAUCAUUUUCAAAUGGGACCUUUAGACCGGAGAAUGCCGGAAAUAUGCCGCAAAGAAACUCGAUGAGGAUCCCGUUGUUUAACAAUCCAGUUCCAGAACAGAUGCGCAUGUCCAAUUCGGAAACGUUAUUUCUGUUAGGUGACCCAAGAACGAAUCAAAACCCAGCCUUACUCACCUUAGGAAUCCUUUUCUUUCAAUACCACAAUUUCGUUGCGAAUCAAAUUUACAAGGACCACCCUAAAUGGAUGGACGAAGACGUGUUUCAAAAGGCUCGAAGAAUUGUUAUUGCAACCCUUCAAAAUAUAAUCAUUUAUGAAUAUCUCCCCGCGUUUCUCGGGGAGGAUUUACCACCGUAUCAAGGUUACAACCCCGAUUUACAUCCUGGGGUAACCCACGUGUUUCAAAGCGCCGCGUUUCGUUUUGGACACUCAUUAAUUCCGCCGGGGAUUUAUCGAAGAGAUGGUCAUUGCAAUUUUAAGAAAACGUCAUCGGGUGAUAAAGCGAUUCGUUUAUGCUCAACGUGGUGGAAUUCAAAUGAAGUAUUAACUCACAACACAGUUGAAGAACUUCUUUUAGGAAUGGUAUCCCAAUUAGCAGAACGAGAAGAUGCACUUUUAUGCUCAGACGUUAGAGACAAACUUUUCGGACCAAUGGAAUUCACAAGAAGAGAUUUGGGCGCUUUGAACAUUAUGAGAGGAAGAGACAACGGUCUUCCGGACUACAACACGGUCAGAGCAAGUUAUAAUUUGCCAAAAAUAACCGAAUGGGCCGACAUAAACCCCGAAUUAUUUCAACUACACCCAGAAAUUUUAGAAAAUUUAAAAACCCAAUACAAAGAUGAUAUUAAUAAUGUUGAUGUUUACGUUGGGGGGAUGUUGGAAAGUUAUGGUAGACCGGGCGAAUUAUUUAGAACGGUUAUAAUCGAUCAAUUUACAAGAAUUCGAGAUUCUGAUCGAUUUUGGUUCGAAAAUAUUAAUAAUGACUUAUUUACUGAUGAAGAAAUCGAUCAAAUUCGUAAAACAACUCUUUAUGAUGUUAUCGUAAAAAGCACUACUAUCAAUCCGGAAGAAUUACAAAAAGAUGUAUUCUUUUGGAAAGAUGGCGAUGUUUGUCCUCAACCCGAACAAUUAAAUGCAACAACAUUAAAGCCGUGUAAUUAUUUAAAAGGAUACGAUUAUUUCGAAGGAAACGAAUUGGUUUAUAUCUACGCUUGCGUUUUUCUUGGUUUUGUUCCGAUAGUUUGCGCGGGUGCUGGUUACGGUGUUGUUAAAUUACAAAAUAAACGUAGGAGACGAUUAAAAAUUAAACAAGAAGAAUUAAAAAACGCUUCCGAAGGAAAACUUCCAAUCGAUACGAUGAUUGUUCAAGAAUGGCUUCAUGCAAAUCAUAAAAGAAUCGUUAAAAUUAAAUUUGGACCAGAUGCUUGUAUUAAUGUGACCGGAAGGAAAGGUGAAAAAUUAAGGAGUGUUGAUUUUAAGAGUUGCGAUCAUGUCAGUAUCGAAGAAUCGGUUGAUAUGACCGGAAAAAGAAAUCCUUUGGUUCUAAUUAGAGUUCCAAAAGAUCACGAUUUAGUUCUUGAAUUCGAUAACAUCGGUUCUAGAAAAAAAUUUAUUCACAAACUUGAAAUGUUUUUAGCAUCGAAUAAAAAAAAUUUAAACACAAAGCAAGUCGUUAGAGAAUUAUUAUUAGCCAAAGCCGAAACGAGAGAGAGAAGACAAAAAAAAUUAGAACAUUUCUUUAGGGAAGCUUACGCUUUAACUUUUGGACUUCGCCCCGGAGAACGUCGACGAAGAUCGAGUUCAUCUUCAGAUGGCGAAGUUGUAACAGUUAUGAGAACGUCUUUAACCAAAGCGGAAUUUGCAAGCGCUCUUGGAAUGAAACCGGAUGCCGUUUUUGUUAAGAAAAUGUUUAACAUCGUCGAUAAAGACGGAGAUGGGAGGAUUUCAUUUCAAGAGUUCUUAGACACCGUCGUUUUAUUCUCUCGGGGAAAAACCGAAGAUAAAUUAAGGAUUAUUUUCGAUAUGUGCGAUAACGAUAAAAAUGGCGUUAUUGAUAAAGGGGAGUUAUCGGAAAUGUUGAGAUCGUUAGUUGAAAUUGCUAGAACUACGAGUUUAUCUGAUGAUCAUGUUACGGAGUUAAUUGAAGGAAUGUUUCAGGAUGCCGGAUUAGAAGAAAAAGAUUUUUUAACGUAUGAAGAUUUUAAGGAAAUGAUGAAAGAAUAUAAAGGUGAUUUUGUUGCGAUUGGUUUAGAUUGUAAAGGAGCUAAACAAAACUUUUUGGAUACAUCAACAAAUGUUGCAAGAAUGACAAGUUUUCAUAUUGAACCAUCAACAGAAUCAGACAGUAAUUAUUUCAUCUUAAAAUGGAAUUCUUUAACAACGUUCCUAGAAGAAAACAGACAAAACAUCUUUUAUUUAUUCAUAUUUUACGUCGUCACAAUCGGAUUAUUCGUCGAAAGAUUUAUUCAUUAUUCUUUUAUGGCCGAACACACCGAUUUACGCCACAUCAUGGGAGUUGGAAUAGCAAUAACUCGUGGUUCAGCAGCCUCCUUAUCAUUUUGUUACAGCAUCCUUUUAUUAACGAUGUCCAGGAAUUUAUUAACAAAAUUAAAAGAAUUUUCAAUACAACAAUACAUUCCUUUAGACGCCCACAUUCAAUUUCACAAAAUCGCCGCUUGUACGGCAUUAUUUUUUUCUCUUUUACACACAGUCGGGCACAUUGUUAAUUUUUACCACGUUUCAACACAACCACUUGAACAUUUGAAGUGUUUAACCAGCGAAGUGAGGUUCCCAUCUGAUUAUAAACCUGACAUAUCUUUUUGGUUAUUCCAAACAAUUACAGGAUCUACGGGAGUCGUUUUAUUUGUUGUUAUGUGCAUAAUUUUUGUGUUUGCUCAUCCUACGAUAAGAAAACGAGCUUAUAAUUUCUUUUGGGCAACUCAUCAAUUGUAUAUCGUUCUUUAUGCUUUUUCUUUAAUUCAUGGAGUUGCAAGAUUAACGGGGGCUCCAAGAUUUUGGAUUUUCUUUGUUGGUCCUGGUGUUAUUUUUGCUCUAGAUAAAAUGGUUAGUUUGCGCACUAAAUACAUUCCUUUAGAUGUGAUCGAAACGGAACUUCUUCCAUCCGAUGUUAUUAAAAUAAAAUUUUAUCGCCCGCCGAAUUUAAAAUAUCUAUCUGGGCAAUGGGUUCGACUGGCAUGCACUUCGUUUAAGAGUAGAGAGUUCCAUUCUUUUACAUUAACUUCAGCUCCUCAUGAAAACUUUUUAUCGUGCCACAUCAAAGCUCAAGGCCCAUGGACUUGGAAAUUACGAAAUUAUUUCGACCCAUGCAACUAUAACCCCGAAGAGCAACCAAAAAUCCUUUUAGAAGGCCCUUUUGGUGGUGGAAAUCAAGAUUGGUACAAAUUUGAAGUUGCUGUUAUGGUUGGUGGUGGUAUUGGAGUCACACCUUACGCCUCAAUAUUAAAUGAUUUAGUUUUUGGAACAUCUACAAACAGAUAUUCAGGAGUCGCUUGCAAAAAGGUUUAUUUCUUAUGGAUUUGCCCCUCUCACAAACACUUUGAGUGGUUCAUUGAUGUUUUACGCGAUGUUGAAAAGAAAGAUGUCACCAACGUCUUAGAAAUUCACAUCUUUAUCACGCAAUUUUUCCAUAAAUUCGAUUUAAGAACAACGAUGUUGUAUAUUUGCGAGAAUCAUUUUCAAAGAUUAGCGAAAAAUUCGAUGUUUACGGGAUUGAAGGCGGUUAAUCAUUUCGGCCGUCCCGAUAUGAUAUCGUUCUUGAAAUUCGUUCAAAAGAAACACAGUUAUGUGAGUAAAAUCGGCGUUUUUAGUUGCGGACCUCGCCCGUUAACUAAAAGCGUUAUGACAGCUUGUGAUGAUGUGAAUAAAGGCAGAAAACUUCCGUAUUUUAUACAUCAUUUCGAAAAUUUUGGUUAAAAUGAUAUCUUGCUUAACUUAAUAAUGAAUA